AUGUGCGCCGCGCUGGGGCACAACCAUCCGCGCAUCGUGCAGGCGCUGCAGGAAAGCGCCGAGACGCUGAUCCACAGCCACAUGACCAUGUUCAACGACCGGGAGAUCAUCCUGGCCAGCCGUUUGGCCGAGAUCACGCCGGACGGCCUGAACCGCAGCAUGUUCCUGGGCUCCGGAAGCGACUCCAACGAGGCGGCCAUGGCCAUCGCCAAGCGCUACACGGGGGGUUACGAGGUGGCCAGCCCGGUGGUCAGCUUCCACGGCAUGACCGACGCGGCCCGGGCGGUGACCUUCUCGGGCUGGCGCCAGGGAUAUGGCCCCUUCGCGCCGGGCAACUAUCCCAUCAUCGCGCCCUACCGCUACCGCUGCUCCUUCUGCCAAGACAAGGGAGCGUGCGACUACACCUGCCUGGAUACCAGCUUUGAACUGCUGGAUGCGCAGGCCGACGGGCGCAUGGCCGCCGUCAUCACCGAGCCGCUGUUCAGCGCCGGCGGCGUCAUCGAACCGCCCCCGGGCUGGCUGCAGGAGCUGAAGCUGCGCUGCGAGUGGCGAGGCAUGCUGCUGAUCCUGGACGAGGCACAGACCGGAUUGGCCAAGUUGGGAUCGAUGUGGGCCUUUGAGCAGGAGGGGGUGGUGCCGGACAUCUUCACCAUUUCGAAGCACUUCGGCGGAGGCAUCGCCAUCAGCGCGACCAUCACCACGGACGAGAUCGAGGAGAAGGCCGUCGAAACGGGACUGGUGGUGGCCCACUCGCAUUCCAACGACCCGCUGACCUGCAACGCCGCCAUCGCCAGCCUGGACAUCAUCCUGGAGGAGAGCCUGGUGGACGUUGCCGACCGCAUCGGCCGGUAUUGGCAGGGCCACCUGCUGCGGCUGAAGGAGCGGCACGAGCUGGUGGGCGACGUGCGGGGGCGCGGUCUGCUCCAGGGGAUCGAGUUCGUCACCAACCGGGAGACGCGGGAGCCGGCCUAUGAACAGGGCCAGCGGAUCGGGCGGAUGUUGCUGGAGAACGGUUUGAUCGUGAGCAUCCGGCGGCAGGGGUCGGUGCUGCGGCUUGUGCCGCCGUUCACUACGACAGAGGACCAGAUGGACCUGGCGGCGGAGAUUCUGGACGCCGCGAUUGGGGCGGUGACGUAG